GCGCACUUCUUGUGGCGCUUUGGUACUGCCCGAAUCUAAAUGGGGAAGGAGGGCGCUUCAUAUUUCCUACAGACCCCACCACAGAGGCUUUUCCUGCUCUCUUCGAGUUGAUUUUUCCUUUAGUGCUCCUGAGAACCCGGCUUCUGGUUCCCUGAUCUGGCUUAAGAGGGCUCGUUUUAAGUGAGGCGCGCCCCGGGCAGCCCGACUCCUGGCGCAGGGUCCUUGCGCCGAGCCUUGGGGCCGCGACCGGGGAGGCGGGGUCCUUCUCUGGGGCGGUCGCACGGGCAGCGGAUGUGGAAGCCGGACUCCGGGCGUCAUGUACUACAAGUUUAGUGGCUUCACGCAGAGGUUGGCGGGAGCGUGGGCUUCCGAUGCCUAUAGCCCGCAGGGAUUAAAGCCCGUGGUUUCCACAGAAGCACCGCCUAUCAUAUUCGCCACGCCCACUAAACUGGCCUCUGAGUCCACUGUGUAUGAUUAUGCUGGGAAAAACAAAGUUCCAGAGCUGCAGAGGUUUUUCCAGAAGUCCGACGGUGUGCCCAUCCACCUGAAGCGAGGCCUGCCUGACCAAAUGCUGUACCGGACCACCAUGGCGCUGACGCUGGGAGGGACCCUCUACUGCCUGGUCGCCCUCUACAUGGCAUCGCAGCCCAGGAACAAAUGAGUUAGGUUGCAGAGGACUGGUUUGCUUUUUGGCACAAACCCUUUGCAUUUUCAUUUUUAUUGUUUCUGUUAAGAUAUUUUUUUAAACUUGGAUGACUUAACAUUUUUGCAAGAAAAAUAGAAAGAUAGGAAGGCAGUGUUUUGAUUUGUUUUUGGACGGCUGUGACUUGUCAGCUCAUUCAACAGUUAAAACUAAUGUUUAAGGAAAUGCUGCUGUGCUCUGCAUUUGUUUGUGCAUCUGAUUUCCCUAGAGGUUCUGGAUGAAGUUUGCACACAGGCUCAUUCGCAUCGUCUGUGCUGAGGACCUCGGGGACCUGGGGUUGUGUUUUUGAGCACAGGGUACAGAAGCUUUUCCAGAUUUGGGUGUGGCUGAGGAGGGAAGACAAGCCAAGGCCAGGUGCACAAAGUGAGAGGUUUGGGUCAGUGUCACCAUGGGGCUUUUUCCAUCUUGCAGUAAAUUGUUAAUAGAAAUUAUUUGUGGCCUGCCUGUAUUUAUUUGGGCAGUUUGUUUCAAAGGGUUAUUUGCCUCAUCUCAGAUCUUUAGUGAAAUUUUAUGCGUAAUUGUUUUGUAUUUAUUUCACCAUGGGAACAGAGAAUACCUGUCUAGCAUUGCACUUUAGACCUUGUCUGUUUUGUUAAUGCAACUGUGCCACAAUUCUCCUUUAUCUUUUAAAAAUGUUAUAACUUUAAAUUAUGAUUUAUUCUUACUGUGGAAUAAAUACAUGACUGAAAAAUUUCAAGUCUGAAGCUGUUUCAAAAUAAAUGACCUUUCAGAAUAAUUUCUGAACACCAGAGGCAUCUUAAA